AUUCCCUGAGCCAAUCCUUCCUGAACCAUGCACCCCCUCCGCACCGUGCCGUUCGGUCCUUCACCAGGUCUACAUAAACCGACUCCACGCGGCCUCCCUCCCCCACCCAAACCCCACUCUCCUCCUCCUCCUCCUCCUCCCCGUGUCAAAACCUCCGAGCCCCCUAAGCGAUCGCCAGCUCAACUCGCCGGAGAGUCGCAGGCCGAUGGAUGGCGUGAUGGACUCGGCGGUCGGGCCCCACUUCAGCGGGCUCCGCCUCGACUCGCGCCGCUUCUCCUCCUCCUCGCUCCCGCCCUCCCCCUCCAACGGCAACGGCGCGGCCGACGGGUUCGCCUCCCCCAAAGCGGACGGGACCAGGCGGCCCUUCGUGAUAGGGGUGACUGGAGGGACAGCGUCGGGGAAGAAGACGGUGUGCGACAUGAUCAUCCAGCAGCUGCACGACCACCGCGUCGUGCUCGUCAACCAGGAUUCAUUCUACUGUGGUUUAACUGAGGAACAGUCUGAGCAUGUGCAAGACUACAACUUCGAUCACCCUGAUGCAUUUGAUACAGAUCAACUUCUGGAGUGCAUGGGAAAGCUAAAAAGUGGGCAAUCUGUGAACAUUCCUAUAUAUAAUUUUAAGAACCACCGACGAUGCUCUGAAAGCUUUAGAAAGGUUAAUGCAUCAGAUGUCAUCAUUUUGGAGGGCAUUUUAGUUUUCCAUGAUCAAAGGGUUCGUGAUUUGAUGGACAUGAAAAUUUUUGUUGACACAGAUGCUGAUACUAGGCUUGCCCGGCGUAUAAGGCGUGACACAGUUGAAAGAGGUAGAGAUGUUACCUCGGUGCUUGAGCAGUACGGGAGGUUUGUGAAGCCUGCAUUCGAUGAUUUUGUCCUGCCUUCCAAGAAAUAUGCUGAUGUGAUCAUACCAAGAGGGGGAGAUAACCAUGUUGCAAUUGAUUUAAUUGUGCAACAUAUUCGUACAAAACUUGGUCAGCAUGACUUGUGCAAAAUUUACCCAAAUGUCUUUGUAGUUCACACAACUUUUCAGAUACGAGGAAUGCAUACUCUCAUUCGUGACAGGAACAUUACUACACCUGACUUUGUUUUCUACUCAGAUCGGCUGAUUCGUCUGGUUGUUGAGCAUGGUCUGGGGCAUUUGCCAUUUACAGAGAAGCAGAUUGUUACACCAACAGGAUCUGUUUAUAUGGGAGUUGACUUCUGCAAGAAGCUCUGUGGAGUGUCAGUUGUUCGAAGUGGUGAGAGCAUGGAGAAUGCGUUGCGUGCUUGUUGUAAGGGGAUAAAAAUUGGUAAAAUUCUAAUACAUCGGGUCGGAGAUAAUGGACAACAACUCAUAUACCAUAAGCUGCCCAUGGAUAUUGCUGAACGUCAUGUUUUGCUUUUGGAUCCUGUGCUUGGUACAGGUAACUCGGCUAAUCAAGCUAUCGAACUUCUUAUUAGAAAAGGAGUUCCUGAGGACCAGAUCAUUUUUCUCAAUCUCAUCUCGGCCCCUGAAGGAGUUCAUUGUGUCUGCAAGCGAUUCCCUCGUUUGAAGAUUGUAACCUCAGAGAUUGAUGUCGGGUUGAAUGAAGAAUAUCGGGUCAUUCCAGGACUGGGAGAGUAUGGUGAUCGCUACUUCGGCACAGACUAGUUGAUGAUUGGUACUGCGGUCAUUGGCAGUGUGAAUAGUCGAAUUAGAGCUAACAUUACCGUGACAGAUAUCCUUGUGUUUGACUGGUUAUGGUAUACUCGAAGCAAACGUGGAAAGGUUUCUGUGAAAUGUGUGACUUAACCCAGCUUGCGGGCUCCCGGAAGAUGCCGUGCGAUCCCAGCUCUGAUUGAACUGGGUUUCAAACGAAACUCAAAAGAGAGUGGCAAGGAUCAUGGUUUACAAUUGCGUACUUUUGCUGUCUUGUAUCGUAUGCUGGAUUUCUCUCAUUUUUCCCUCUCCGUGGCUAUAUUGUACUGGUGAAGUGGUGAUGCAUAGUUUGCAUUUUUGAAAUUUUUCCUUAAUUUUAUGUACAUAGGUGUGCAGUUGAGCA